AUGAGUACAAAGUUAUCCGGUAAUGGUGUAGUGGAACCUAUUCAUUCGAAAAAAAAAGACAUGCAACAAUAUUUUACACCAUGUGAAGCGUACAAAUUAAACCGGAAGAAUGAAAACGAAAAGCAGAAAUCUAAGAUAACCGAUGAAAGCUCCAAACAUCAACCGCGCAGUGAUUUGGAUCAGUACAAAUUACAGAAGAAAAUAUGUAAGCUGGACAAAUUAGGUAAAUCGAUUCAGUCUUUACCGGGCAAACGGGUACUGGAUAGAAACACGUACAGUCGGUUAAAAAAUGCUGCUGUGGUGGUAACUAUGAAAGAACGGCAAAUGGCUAUUCAACAGCACAUUGCCAACGAAGAACGGCUUAAGGCUGAAAGCGAAGCUAGGAAAGAACAGUUACAAAAAUUUAACAUGUUUAAGACUAAAGGGCCAAAACUUGCUCAGUUAGAUGAAGAAGCUAACAAAAAGACAAACUAUCUACUAAAUAGGGCAUAUGAGUUAAGACAGGAACAAGAGUACGAAAUAAAACAAUGCAAUUCGUUAAUAUUGAGUACCAAAUGUCAUGCAAUAAGGUGUGCACAAAUUGAAGAAAAAGAACUUAUAAAAAAAGAAAUGAAGCAAGAACAACGCAGAUCGGAGGAAAUCAUGGAACAACAGCGUUUAUUGGCAGCUAAACAGUAUGAAAAGGCAGUAGAAGCUGACAGACUAAAAAAAAAAUUACAAGCAACAGAAAUUGUACAACAAAUGAAAGAAAAUGAGAUCACUAGAGAUUGGGAAGCUGCUAUAGCUUCAGAAGAUGCAAGGAUUCGUACAGAAGCUAGAAUUGAGGCUCAACGGGCUGAAGUGAUAGAUUACAAGAAUAAAUUGUUAAAACAAGCCCAGAUGAGAAAAGAAUUCUUACAAAUUAAUGCGCAACUCAAAGAUUUAAAAUCAAUUGAAAAAGAAUUAGGCAAAGUUGAAAUCCUGCAGAUACAAGCAUAUGAUCGAAAAAAGAAUGAACGGGAAAUGGCAUACGAAGAAGAGGCGAUGAAACUCAAAAUKUCUAAAGAAAAAGAAAUCGCCAAAAUUCAAGCAAAUCAAAAGGCCACACAAGAUUUUCAGGCCGCAAAGGAUGAACUAACCGCACUACGAACACAAGACAAAGUAGAACGAGAGUGGCGACGUAAGGAACGCGAAGAGGCUUUAAGAAAAAUAAAACAAAACGAAGAUUUGAAGGAAGCUCGUCGACAGCAAAUUGAAGGACAAAGAGAAUUUUAUGCUUUUGAAAUACAGAGGGAAAAAGAAGAGUUUGACAAAAUUAUUAAAAUCAACGUAGAGGAAAUGGAAAAAACCAAAGAAUUUGAUAGACAAACUAAAAUGAAACUCAAUGAACACAGGAGAAGUUUAYUGAAGCAGAUUAGUGAAAAAGAAUUGGAAAGAAUCAAGGAAAGAAAAGAAUUUUUCCAGGAAGGUAUCAAAUUCCAACAAACUGAAUCUGAUAGGGAAAAAUCAUUACGUAAAACWAUAAAUAAGAAAAUCGAAGGACUUAGGACACAUAAAUUACCAAUGAAGUAUAUACGAGGCGUCGAGAGGCAAUUAAAAUUAAGAGACUGA